CAGCCAGCAAGGCAAAAGGCAAAGCAAGGAGGUGUACGGAUUAGCCAGCCGGCCGUGUCACGAGGCGGAGCCUGCCUUGCCCUGCCCUGCCCUGUCCUGCCCUCAUUCGCCGCAACAUCCGACAGACAGACAGACAGACGGAUGGAUGGGAAAAUGCCGGUCAACUAACUAAUCUGCAGGCCGAUCGACAGGACAGGACAGGCGCACAAGACGUCGUCGUCAGUCAGUUAGUCAAGACAGUCGUUCAGUCGUUGGCAGUCCGCCGACGCGACGCGACGUCGUCGCACGCUCGACGCGCCAUGUGGCCUUAACCUGCGUGUCGGAUGCGGGGGUACAAGUCCAUAAGUAGUAUGUGUGGAAGGGCUAGGCUCGUUCGGGUGCGUAGAGAUGAGGGCCCGGGAAUCCCGUCGGCGUGGGUUCGGGAUGGUGGGAUCGGUGAUGGUACUGAUGAUGCGGUGGGCGGCGGGCAGGGCGGGCGAACGAGUGUGGUUUCUUUUUUCUUUUUCUUUUUCUUUUUCUUUUUCUUUUUCUUUUUCUUUUUCUUUUUCUUUUUCCCUUUCCUUUUCCUUUUUUUGCUUUUGCUUUUUCUGUUCUUUCCGUUCCUUUCCUUUACCCGUGCUUAUGUAGGAGCGUGCUAUCCUAUGCGAGCCGUGCAAGGUAGGAGUCGUCCUCUCUCGUUUUCUCUUUCGCUUUUUGCUUUUUCCGCGGGCUCCACUCCGCCCACUGCCGGCUGGCUGCCUGGCUGCCUGGUCUUUUUCUUUUGGUUUUUGUGCGCUUUUUGCUUUUUGCGGUUUGAUUGCCUGCCUUGCCCUGCUCUUCUGGUGCUUCGGCCGACGUCUGUUGCGAGCGAGCGGGCGCUAACUAACGUCUUUGGUAGGUGUUGUUGUGUUGUGUUGGUGCACCGCUACUUUUCUUUCUUUCUUUCUUUCUUUCUUUCUUUCCUCCUCGUGGCUGCGAGUCCUCUGCUCUGCUCUGCUCUACGCUGCGACGACGCCACCCCUGCCCGCGCCGCGCAUAUGCAUGCCCUCAGCUUCUGCCGUUAGCUACGUACGUGGCCGUGGCCUGCGGAACCGACGGUCUGCCCCCUCCCCUACAUCCAACACGUCGCUCGCUGCGUGCGUGCGUGCGUGCCGACUGGUC